AUGACCCUAAUCAAGCCUAGCGUCAGCCGCUUGUCACGUGGACUACGGAGUACACCUGAACAUGCACGUGAGUCAGCACGUGAGCGACCUCGUGCUGCUACGGCCCGUGCGUCUGCCUCCGACCUGACCUCAAUUCUUCGCUCUCCUUCGCCCGAAUUGGCAACCUUGCCCCCUGAGGGGAUCAAGAAGGAAGAGCAGCCUGAAAACAUGAAGACCGCACGUCCCUACCGAUCACACAAGUACCCAGCUUGUGCCCGCUGCCACAAACGGCGUUCCCGAUGCACCAUUGAGGUUCCCGGACAGGCCUGCUUACUCUGUCGCAUGCAUGGCGUCCCAUGCUCUUCUGCGACCGCCAAAAAGGACGACCGUGUUACUCCCAGAGUUGGCUUCGUCCACCGAUCUCUCAUCGCCGAUGAAAAGUCUCUUGAGGGCUUUUCGCAUAUUGUCGGCCCGGUCAUUGCCCGCGACACUCAGAUCCUCGAUCAGUACCUGCCUCAAACCAAUGGCUCUUCUGGUCAUGUUCCCAUUCAGCCGAGCACCGGACGACGAGAGUCGCAAAAACCCAUCUAUCAUGUGGCGAUUCCACCCCGGAGGCCCAGUCCCACCGAAUGCAAUUGUUCUCGAAAUCAACCGGCCGAAUUGCUCGACCAGGUCGAGCCAUUUAUCGAUAAACUGAUAGCCCAUUAUUACGAACAUUUCGCGCCGUGCUAUCCUGUCACCGAGGAAAAUGGUGUCCUAUCCCGGCUCAAGGAAAGAGGCACAUUGCCUCAAACAUUUCUGGUCAAUUUAGUGGCGUAUUCGCUCUUCUACUGGGAUCCCUCGCCGGCCUUGGCGGCUCAUGCCAGGCCGGAUCAAGAUUUUGCCUGGCAAACCGCCGUAGCAGCAAACAUGGCCGAUAUGCAGAAAGGAGAUUUGGCCACUAUCGUGUCCAUAUGCAUCGAUGUCGCUGGACGACCAUCACGAUGUCUCAUCAGUAAUGUCGCCAACGUCGCGCGCACAGUGGCCUUGUCUCACGCCAUUGGCUUAAACCAUGAUUGCAGUGAAUGGAAGAUAGGGGACCAGGAGAAAAGAUCGCGCUGGAAGGCCUGGUGGGGGGUCGUAAUACAGGAUCGGUGGUUCAAUUUUGCCCAAGGCACUCCUCCAUACAUCUCCAAAGGCCAUUAUGACGUUCCACUUCCUACCGUGGAUCUCUUGACCAGAGGCAGAGCGGGCUCGGCCAAACAUACUCGUGCAGCCGAAGUCUACAUCCACUUAUGUCGUCUCACAGAGAUCGUCGGGGAUGUCCUGCCUCUCAUCUACCACAUCCGCUCAGGGAAUGACAGCAUUGCUGCCGAGCAGACUUCGAGAUCCGAGAUUGAGCUCAACCGGUGGAUGGAAAGUCGUCCUACGUGGCUGAAUCUGAACGAUUUCCUCAACCGACCGCCCGUCCCCGGUUUGGUCAACCUGCAGCUAUCCUAUCUUUCUGUCCGAAUGUUGCUUCGCCGAAUCGCGUGGCACGAAAUCAGUCAACGAGAAAGCGAUCCUGCAUCCUCGUGGUUGUUAGGUUGCCAAGCGGCUGCGGAAGAUAUUGUUCGUUUCGUCGCCUCGUUACACAAGUCGGACCUGACGGGAUUCUGGUUGCCUUACAAUGCGCAUCAUUUCACAUCGGCGGUCACGCUCCUCCUCCGCUGUGCUUUGCAAACCAGCUACUCAAACGUCCGAACACAGUGCAUGGCAAGCGCCCGGACACUGGUUGACUGCUUAAGGAAAUUUCAUGAGGAGCAUCAAUGGGAUCUUGCAGAGACGGCCUUGACGCAAAGCGAGACAGUGUUGAAACGUAUCGAAGAUUCGAUACCUAGAACGCCAAUGGCCCGGACCCCAAAUGAAUUGACUGACACAAUGCGACACGACCAAAUGGAUUAUGUAGACGAAAAUACGCUUGGAGAAACGCUGCCCGAAGAAGCAUUUAUCAUACAGCAAGGGCAUGGAUCGAUUGAGGAGUUGUUCCCAGAGGUCUUUUCGGAUUUUACAGACACUGCCUUGUUUACGACUCAAUCUUACGAUCACGACUGA